AUGGGUGAACACGGUGAUGGAGAGGAGGGUGCCAGGGUAUGGCUGCAGGAGCAGGACCAGCUGCAGCCAUGCACUGUUGGCUCGUGUCCCGAUGGAAACGUGCUCUUCACCUCAGAUUAUGGCACGGUAUUCCAGUACCCCACAGCCUCACUUUCCAGAGAAAAGGUCUUGCCAAUGCACCAGACCAGCAUUGAUGGGGUAGAAGACAUGUCUAUGCUGGGAGAUCUGCACGAAGCUGCCAUCUUACUUAACCUGCACCAGCGCUACCAGCAGGGUAACAUCUAUACAAACAUUGGUUCCAUCUUGGCAUCAGUAAAUCCCUACAAACCCAUCCCUGGUCUGUACAGUGGGGAUGCCAUAGACCUGUACAGACAGCACCGCCUGGGUGAGCUGCCUCCCCAUAUCUUCGCCACUGCUAACGAGUGCUACUGCUGCUUGUGGAAGCGUCAUGACAGCCAGUGUGUUCUGAUAAGUGGAGAAAGUGGAGCUGGCAAGACUGAAAGCACCAAGUUGCUGCUGAAAUUUCUGUCAGCCAUGAGCCAGACCUCCCUUGGGGCCCCUGCAUCUGAGAAGAGCACGCGAGUGGAAGAAGCCAUCCUAGAGAGCAGCCCCAUUCUGGAGGCCUUUGGAAAUGCCAAGACAGUUUAUAACAACAACUCCAGCCGCUUUGGCAAGUUCAUCCAGCUGCACUUCUCCCAACAUGGACACAUCCAGGGAGGACGAGUAACUGACUAUUUACUGGAAAAGAACAGAGUGGUACACCAGAACCCUGGAGAGAGGAAUUACCACAUCUUUUAUGCUCUGCUAGCUGGUGUGAAUGGGGAGCAAAAAGAGAGCCUCUCCCUCUCUGAGCCAGAGACUUACCGCUACUUGAACCAGUCUGGCUGUGUGACUGAUGAGAACCUGAAUGAUGCAGAGAUGUUCAGUAAGGUCAUGACUGCCAUGAAGGUGGUGGACUUCAGCACUGAAGAAAUCAGAGACAUCUUCAAACUUCUUUCUGGCACACUUCAUCUGGGAAACGUUGAAUUCAUGACAGCUGGUGGGGCCCAGGUUACAACAAAAGCAGUGCUCAACAUUGCCAGUGACCUCCUGGGCUUAGACACCUUCCAGCUUUCUGAAGUACUGACGCAGAGGUCCAUGAUUCUGCGGGGGGAAGAGAUCAGCUCCCCUCUCACUGUGGAGCAGGUAACUGACUCCCGGGACUCCCUGGCCAUGGCACUGUAUUCCCAGUGUUUUUCGUGGCUCAUUAGCAAGAUUAACACAAAAAUCAAAGGCAAAGAAAACUUUAAGUCUGUGGGCAUCCUGGAUAUCUUUGGUUUUGAGAACUUUCAGGUGAAUCGUUUUGAGCAGUUUAACAUUAACUAUGCAAAUGAGAAACUCCAGGAGUAUUUCAACAAACACAUCUUCUCUUUGGAGCAGCUGGAGCACAACAGGGAAGGGAUAAGCUGGGAAGCCAUUGACUGGAUGGAUAAUGCAGAGUGCCUGGACCUUAUUGAGAAGAAACUGGGUUUGCUGGCUUUGGUGAAUGAAGAGAGUCGAUUCCCCAAAGGCACAGACAACACCCUUCUGGAAAAACUUCACAGCCAGCAUAUGAGCAACCAUUACUACAUGAAGCCUCGCGUAACAGACCAUCAGUUUGGCAUAAAACAUUAUGCUGGGGAGGUGCUAUAUGAUGUGAGAGGCUUUCUGGAGAAGAACAGAGACACCUUUCGAGAUGACAUUCUAAACAUGCUGAAAGACAGCAGGCUCGAUUUCAUCUAUGACCUUUUUGAAAGAGUCUGCAGUCGUUGCAGUGAAGAGACACUGAAGAUGGGCACCCAGAGGCGCAGACCGACUGUCAGUUCCCAGUUCAGGGACUCUCUCCAUUCCCUGAUGGCCACACUUAGUACUUCCAAUCCAUUCUUCAUCCGUUGCAUCAAACCAAAUACCGAAAAGGCACCAAACCUCUUCAAUCCAGAUGUGGUGCUAAAUCAGCUGCGGUACUCAGGGAUGCUGGAGACAGUGAAAGUUCGGAGAGCGGGUUUCCCCAUACGGCGCCUUUUCCAGGACUUCCUUGGCAGGUACAAGAUGCUGGUGAAGGGGACAAGUUUCUCAGACAACAGCAAAGCUGUAUGUGCAGACUUUCUGCAGACCUAUGACAGCAGCAAGAAAGAAUGGCAGUUGGGUAAAACCAAGGUUUUCCUGAAGGAAGCUCUUGAGCAGAAGCUGGAGAAGGAUCGGGAAGAGGAGUUGAGGAAAGCAGCUAUAGUCAUCCGGGCCCACGUCUUGGGCUACAUGGCAAGGAAGAAGUAUCAAAAGGUGCUAGCCAGUGUUGUUAUCAUCCAAAAGAACUACCGAGCACACUUCUGGAAGAAGAGCCUGCUGCGGCUGAAGGCCUCUGCAGUCACCCUGCAGAAGCACUGGCGUGGCCGCCUGGCUCGCAGCCUCUACCAGCACCUGCUGCAGCAGGAGCUCCGGCGGCAGCAGGAAGUGGAGGAGAGAAGGAGGCAAGAAGAGGAAGAACAGAUCAGAAGAGAGGAAGAGGAAAGACAAUGGCAAGAAGAGGAGGAGCGUAGGCGGAAGCGGGAGGAGGAAGAGGUGAAGGAAAGAGAAAAGGAGCAACUGAAUGCGCUACACCAGGUGGUUCAGGUGGAAGCAGUCAAGACUGAGGAGGUAGAUAUUCCCCUGCAAGAAGAAGAGAGACGUCAGAUGGAGGAGAUCUUAAGACUGGAGAAAGAGAUUGAGAAGUUGCAGCAACAGAAAGAGGAUCACAUGUCUAUAAUCUGUGAAAGCACCAGGAAUGAAAUCAAUCGGCAGCGAGAAGAGGAGAUCCAAAGGCUGGAAAAGGAGGCAUCUAGGGUUGCCCAGGAGUUCUUGGAGCUGUUGGAUUUUGGCAAUCUGGACGAAAGUGUGCAGAAUUUAGAACGCUCACUUUCUAGUGAGGGGACGCUCAACAUUGACUGCAGCCUGGUGGCACCACUAGCUGAAGAAGAAGUGGAUGAGGGUUUCCAUGCUGAUGACGAAGGACGGCCAACUUCCAGCUCAGUGGUCUUGAAUCAGCACAGCACAAGAAACAGUGGUAACUACACAGAGAAAGGUGUGGACACAAGACUUUCACUUCUCCAGAUGGAAGUGGGAGAGGUUGUCCCUGCUCCAGGACAUGCUGUGGAAGGAACCACUAGCCCCAAGGAGCAGAGAGCCGUGUCUGACCCAGCAGAAAGCAUUUACAAUGCUGUCUCAGAUACACAGAAGAGUAACAGCGGAGAGGUGGGAGAGCCAAUCUACACUUCUCCCCCUGAUGUGGAGUCUGACUAUGACCACGAGGAGUUUGAUGGCUGUGGAGAUGCAGGUAGUGCCUCUGCUGAGCCCCUGAAUGGCGACGAAGGUCUGAGACACUCGCAUGGGACCAGCUUGGACUCCAACCGUGGCAGCCUGGACUCGUUUCUGGACAGUGAAGAAGAAGUGGAUGUUUACAUUGAUACAGAUGAAGAGUUUUGUAAUGGACGAGUCACUAUCUUUAAUGGCUCAGGACCACCCUAUUUUCACAGCUAUCUCUACAUGAAGGGAGGUCUCAUGAACCCAUGGAGGCGGCGCUGGUGUGUUCUGAAGAACGAGGCCUUCAUGUGGUUCCGCACCAAGCAAGAGGCACUAAAGUCAGGCUGGCUCUACAAAAAAGGUGGAGGCAUGUCUACACUUUCACGCCGCAACUGGAAACGCCGUUGGUUUGUGCUUCGAGAAUCCAAGCUGAUGUACUUUGAGAAUGAUAGCGAGGAAAAGCUGAAAGGGACAAUUGAUAUCAGAAGGGCAAAGGAGAUUGUGGACAUUCAUGAAAAGGAGAAUGCCUUGGACAUUGUGACAGAAGACAGAGUUUAUCACAUUGUCGCAGAGUCACCAGAAGAUGCCAGUGGUUGGUUCAAUGUGCUGAGCCGAGUACACAGCGCUACAGCGCAGCAGCUGAGGGAAAUGCAAGAUGAACAGGCCAAUCCAAAGAAUGCUGUGGGAACCCUGGAUGUUGGGCUUAUUGACUCUGUCUGUGCCUCUGACAAUCCUGAUAGACCAAAUUCUUUUGUGAUCAUCACAGCGAAUCGGGUGAUCCACUGCAACAGCGACACCCCUGAGGAGAUGCAUCACUGGAUCUCCCUGCUGCAGAAGCCGAAGGGCGAAUCGAAGGUUGAUGGCCAGGAAUUCCUUGUGAGAGGCUGGCUUCAUAAGGAGGUUCAGAGCAGCAACAAGAUGUCCUCUCUGAAGAUGAAGAAACGCUGGUUCGUUCUGACAAACACUGCUCUUGAUUACUACAAGUCAUCUGAGCGCACGGCUGCCAAACUUGGUACCCUGGUGCUUAACAGCCUCUGCUCUGUGGUGCAGCCCGAUGAGAGGGUCUUCAAAGACACAGGCUACUGGAACAUCAUUGUCCAUGGGCGAAAGCACUCCUACAGGCUGUACACCAAGCUGCUGAAUGAAGCCAUGCGCUGGGCCUCUGCCAUUCAGGGUGUCAUUGACAGCAAGGUUCCCAUAGAAACACCUACACAGCAGCUCAUUCGUGACAUCAGGGAAAACAGCACAAACUUUGAAGUAGUGGAACAAACGUACAGGAGGAACCCAAUCCUGCGAUAUACCCAGCACCCUUUGCAUUCCCCAUUGCUCCCACUACCAUAUGGAGAUGUUAGUGUCAACUUGCAACAAGAGAAGGGGUACAGCAGCUUACAGGAUGAAGCGGUGAAGAUCUUUAACUCCCUUCAGGAAAUUGAGACAGUGUCUGACCCCAUACCUAUUAUCCAAGGCAUUCUGCAGACCUGCCAUGAUUUAAAGCCCCUUCGUGAUGAAGUCUACUGCCAGCUCAUCAAACAAACGAAUCACAUGCCACAUCCCAACAGUGCUGGGAACCUGCACCACUGGCAGCUGAUGUCAUGCAUGAGCUGCACUUUCCUGCCUAGUCGAGGGAUCCUGCGCUACCUCAAGUUCCACCUUAGAAGGGUAAAAGACCUCUUUCCAGGCUCAGAAAUCGACAGAUACGCGCAAUUCAUAAGUGAUUCCUUGAAGAGAACAAAGACAAGGGAGUUUGUGCCCUCCCAGGAGGAAAUACAGGCUCUUCUCACCCGUGAAGAAAUGACCACAACAGUGUACUGCCAUGGUGGUGGCUCCUGUAAAAUAACCAUCAAUUCCCACACAAGUGCUGGAGAGGUGGUUGAGAAGCUGAUCCGAGGUCUGGCGAUGGAGGACAGCCGCAACAUGUUUGCACUCUUUGAGCACAAUCAGCAGGUGGACCGGGCUGUUGAGAGUCGGGUGAUUGUGGCUGAUAUCUUGGCCAAGUUUGAGAGACUUGCUGGCUCUGAAGAAGAAGAGGAGGAAGGACAGUGGCAGCUGUAUUUUAAGCUUUAUUGCUUCUUGGAUAUUGAGAAUGUUCCCAAAGAUGGAGUGGAGUUUGCCUUCAUGUUUGAGCAGGCUCACGAAAGCCUCAUAGAUGGUCAUUUUCCUGCACCAGAGGACACUCUGCAACGCUUAGCAGCUCUACGGCUGCAGUACCUGCAUGGAGAUUAUUCUAAAAUAAGUUGGACCCUGGAUGGAAUCUACCCAGUUAACAGACUGAAAUCCAAAAUAUUGCACUCAACAAAGAGCAGUGGCACUACCAGUCACACUCUGGAGAGGAGACGGACCAGCUUCCUUGAAGGGACAUUGAAACGUAGCUUCAAGACAGGCUCUGUAAAGAAGCAGAAGGUAGAAGAGGAGCAGAUGAUGGAGAUGUGGGUGAAGGAAGAGCUUUCAGCUGCUCGGGCAAGCAUAGCACAGAAAUGGACCAAGCUGCAGGGACUCUCUCAGCAUCAGGCCAUGGUGAAAUACAUGUCCAUUGUAAAGGAGUGGCCAGGUUAUGGGUCAACCCUCUUUGAUGUUGAGUGCAAAGAAGGUGGAUUUCCAAAUGAUCUUUGGCUUGGAGUCAGCACAGAGAAUGUGUCCAUCUACAAACGAGGAGAUCCUAAACCACUAGAAACUUUUCAGUAUGAACACAUUGUUUUCUUUGGAGCACCACAACCUAACACCUUCAAAAUUACAGUGGAUGAGAGAGAAAUGUUCUUUGAAACAUCCCAGGUGGGUGAGAUAAUAAAGAUCAUGAAAGCAUACAUCAACAUGAUUGUGAAGAAACGCUGCAGUGUCAAAUCGGCCACCAGUGUGGACAGUCAUGCAAGCAUCUGGACUAGGUGAUAGGAAUGAACUGCCACAAGAGAGAGGCCAUUGUUUAAUGAUUGGUGUUUGCAACGUGCCAGCACAAGUGUAGCAAAGAUAUUUUUUAAGAACUCCACUUGACUGACUACUGUAUUUAAAAACUGCAGUGUCAUCUACAGCACCAUAGGAUUUGCACCUCAGCCCAAAGACACUGAACAGCAACAACUGGUGUUAAAUGGCAAUGGCCCAAAACUUUGUUGUCCCUUUGCUCGUUUGAUGAACAAAGUACUUUGAAGAAGCAAUGUUGGAAGCA